UCCCAGCUGUAGCUCGCCUCCCUCCCCCGACUCUACAUACACCUGUGCAAUGUCCGGGCAGCAGUAGGUGCAGAGGAGUGUGUCAUACAAGCAGAAUUUCCUACUCCCAAACCGUCCCGAACCAGGAAGUGACUAAAGUCUUCACGCUCCUCUCCUGAGAGCAACACGUCCCCGCCCGCUCAUGGCACUGCCUGCAGCGGAGUCCCCCUGGGGGCACAACUGAUGGCUGGAGAAAUGCACGUCCUGACCACAUUGGACCAUCUGUCCUGGAACUCCACUUCUGCGGAGCAAGGGGCCAGAAGCGGGUCCCAGUCCAACUUUUGGUACAACACAAACAAGACUCAGCUCUUGGGUGUUUUGCUGGCAAUCACUGGAAAUUUUCUGAUUAGUAUCUCUUUGAAUAUCCAGAAAUAUGCUCAUCUCCGACUGGCAUGCCAAGCAAAUCAAAAGCCCUAUUACACAAGCAAGCUGUGGUGGUGUGGAAUUAUCCUCAUGGGGCUUGGAGAGUUGGGGAAUGCUGCAGCUUAUGGAUUUGCUCCAGCCACCCUUAUAGCUCCAUUAGGAUGUGUCUCUGUCAUAGGCAGCGCGUUUAUAUCUGUCUUAUUCUUAAAAGAAACCAUGAGGGCUGCUGAUAUGUUAGGUGGAACCCUGACAAUUGCAGGAACAUAUUUGUUGGUGACAUUCGCUCCAAAUGUAACCCAGGAGUUCACGGCAACUAAAAUACAGAAUUAUUUAAUUAGCUGGCCGUUUCUGAUCUAUGUGAUCUUAGAAAUAAUAAUAUUCUGCAUUCUUCUGUAUUUCUACAAAAGAAAGGAUGUGAAGCACAUUGUGGUUUUGUUAAUGAUGGUAGCACUACUAGCAUCAUUGACUAUCAUUUCAGUAAAGGCUGUGGCAGGCAUGAUAACAUUCUCUGCAAAGGGCAAAAUGCAGCUAACAUACCCCAUUUUCUAUAUCAUGUUCAUUAUUAUGGUGACAUCUUGUGUUUUCCAAGUCAAGUUCUUAAACCAAGCUAUGCAGCUCUACAAUGCAACAGUCAUUGUGCCGAUUAACUUUGUGUUCUUCACUACCAGCGCCAUCAUUGCAGGGGUCAUAUUUUAUCAGGAAUUCCAAGGUGCAGCUUUGCUGAGCGUGUUCAUGUUUCUAUUUGGGUGUCUUCUGUCAUUUCUUGGCGUGUUUGUAAUCACACGAAAUCAAGAAGAGGAGCAUUUGCAAGUUCCUUAUAUUGAUUGUGGACACAUUCCUGGAAAAAACAAGAUUGACAAAAUACAGCCGGAUUCAAACAGCUUAUCCUAUGGCACUUUGCAUGAUGAAGAUGACCAGACAAGCGCUCAGAGCUAACAGCAGCUUCAAUUCCAGUUAACAAGAGGAACUCUCUAUUCAUUGACAUCAUAUUCAUCACCCCACGUUGAUUGCAUAUAUUCAGUGUGUGUGUCAUAUUAUUUUAUGUUGAGCACCCUUAGUGUUAUUUAAGGAUCCAUAAGUAUCCCCUGCCUAUCACAGAUGUGUUACGAAGAGCAAGGAGGGCUAUAAAACUAGUAACCAUUAAAUGGAGCUGGACACUUUCCUGGUAAAAUACCUCUUACUGGUGGUUUAGGGUCAGGUUUUUAAAGGUAUUUAGAUGCCUAAAGAUGCAACUAGCCACAUAGUAGGAUUUUCAAAAGCACCCACUUCACCUGCCUGUAUUUAUAGGUGCUUAAUUCCUUUAAAAAUCAGUCAUCAAAAUAUAGUGUGUUUCUAUGUAAGCAUCCGUUGGGAGAAAUCCUGCUUGCCUUAUUCAUACAGCUAGUCCCAUUACCUUCAAAGGAACUACACAAGUGAGUAAGGUAAGUGGGAUUUGUUCCAAUAGAUAUAUAUGGUUGCAUACACAUGGUAUGUAAUUUAUGUUGAGAUACGCUAAAAGGCUUGGUAUUAUAAAUUCCUCCAAAGGAGUCCUCUGGGAGGGGAGCUUGUCUCUGUCCUGCUGGAUUGGAGCAGCAAGCAGCUAUUUCAAUACAAUCUGUUCUGAGCCUUACCCACUGUGUCUUCAUUAAAUGUUUUUGGUGUGGAUUUUGAAGAGGUUACACACUAUUCCAACAGAGGAAUGGGAAGCCAGCCUUCCACUGCUGUUGUAUUUUGAAUAGGUUCGAUGGGGGGAAGAAUGAGUUCAAUAUAUGGGGUGAAAAUGUUGUGAGGGUAAAAGAAUCAGGAUCACGAAGGAUAAGCCACUGGGCUAAAAUAUAUCUUUUUCCUCCCUACAAAGACUUCCCUGCAUUAAGCUAGAGAGCUAGUACUGGCAGCAGCUGUGGUCAUGCAGACUGAGUUUGGGGCUUUGAGUCAGAAAGUUGUAAUCCUACUGUAGCUGCUGACUCAACGGAGAAAGUUACUUACGGCCAUAGGGAGCUAUACAGCCUCAGUUUCUGCUUCUGUCUGAUAAUACUGAUCUACCUCAUGGGCAUGUUGUGAGGAUUAGAUGGGUGCUUUGGGGGGAAAGAAGAAGCACUUUAUAAGUGAUCAGGGUUACUGUUUCAACCUUGUACAAAAACCUUUGGCUCUUUUUAAAAUGCAUGUCAUAUAUCACAUGCAGCUAGCUUCAAUGGGGUCUGCUGAAUGAUGCCUCCUUUAAACACAAUAUUUUUGUAAUCAUGCUCCAAUACGUCUGUUAGUCUAUGGUGCCACAGGACUAUUUGCUGCUUUUACAGAUCCAGACUAACAUGGCUACCCCUUUGAUACUUUAUUUUAGAAGAGAUCCAGUCAAAGCGACUUCAGUAGUUUAACACUGUGAUCUGUUUAUAAGACAUGUUGAAGUACCUAGAGAAUGGUGGUACUUUUUGCUAUACAUUAAUCUUCCUACAUCCAAGAUUCAGGGCAUUUUUUUUUAUUUAUGA